ACACACACACAGCUGAACACACUGUUGUCUCGUCAGGUCUGUGCAUCCGUCUUAUUGGAGAUUUUUCAGAUCCACCACAACUACCAUGCUCUCUGUGUCCAUGUUGAAGCCUACAGUUGGCCUAGGCUACUGCCUCCUCUGUGCUGCAUUGUGCUUGCUCCUACUCUGUGAUGUUGCCAUAGCCGGCAGUGGCGAGGAGCCCAGCGGCGUCCGUGAGGCUCGGUCUGUGGGGACUCAGGUCGCCGUGCAGCCGGUGGAAUGUGUACAAUCAGAGUGGUCCUCCUGGACGCGCUGCGAUGUCUGCAGGAAGAAGAGGUAUCGUUAUGCUAAGCUUGUCCAGCCAUCUCAGUUUGGCGGGGAGCCCUGUCAUGUCCAGGGCAAAGAGGUGGAGCCCUGUAGCCCUCCAUCUCGCUACGACUGUACACUUGAAGAAACACCUCUGUGUGAAGGCUUCCUCUGCACUUACACAGGGCGCUGUGUGCCUAUAGACCUGCGCUGUAAUGGGGAUGAUGACUGUGGGGACUGGUCAGAUGAGAAGGGCUGUCAGAAGGUGAACAAGGCCUGCAAGCAGGAGGCACAGGAGUAUUAUGGCAUCGAGAACCUGGCCAAAGGAAUCAACAUACUGAACAGUAACUUAGAGGGAGUGGUCAUUGACAAUAGAUACUACGCAGGCAGUUGCUUGCCUCACUACAUCCAGGACGUCAGGUUCAGGAAGCCUUAUAACCUGCAGCAGUACACACUGGAGACCAAAGGCACGUACGACUUCAAGCUGCAGUCUUUCGAGUCAUACUCUGAGUUUGUCCAUCACACCAUGACGGAGCGCACUUCCAAGACCACGGUGUCCAUUGGCUUUGCCGUGCCGGGCGUGGCCGAGUUCGGCUUCAACUACGCUGACUCCAAAUACUCCAAGUCAGAGAAGAAAAUACGCCGCGCCUCUAGGAAGGAAAACAGCUUUGUCCAGGCCAAGGCAGAGCUGCAACUGGCCCGAUACAUCCUGAAGUCAGAGGAUCUGAUGCUGCACCCGGAGUUCUUCCUGCGUCUUCGUGCCUUGCCCCAGUCCUACAACUACGGGGAGUACAGACAGAUCUACAGAGACUAUGGAACCCAUUACAUCACAGAGGCUACCCUGGGAGGAGACUACGAGUACACAGUCAUCCUGGACAAGGAGAAGCUGGAGAAGACAGGUUAUUCUCUGGAAGCCUACAAGAACUGUGUGCAGAUAGGUCUGAAGGUGGGGGCCAACAUCAAGGGAGUGUAUGUGACUGUGGGGGUCGAGGGAGGUAGUUGUGAUGGUCUGCUCAAUGAAAUGGGAGAGGACACAGUGAAAGGCAGCAUGGUGGAGGACUUCGUCGCGGUGGUUCGAGGGGGUGACAGUGAGUCCAUCACCUGGCUGGCUGCCAAGAAUCUGCCCACGCCACAACUGAUGAGACUGUGGGGAGAAGCCGUGCAUUACAACCCUGACUUCAUCCGCAGCGUGACGCGGCCGCUAUAUGAGCUGGUGACCGCCAGAGACUUCUCCAGCGCUAACUCCCUGAAGAAGAACCUGAGGAGAGCCCUGGCUGAAUACCUGGAGGAGAGCAGCUCUUGCCGCUGUACCCCCUGCCACAACAACGGACUGGCUGUUCUCAAAGGCACCAGGUGUGAGUGUGUGUGUCCAUCUGGCUACAGUGGACUGGGUUGUGAGAUCACCCAACGACCAGAUAUAGGCAUAGACGGCAGCUGGAGCUGCUGGGGAUCGUGGUCACCCUGCGCGGAGCGGUCUAAGACACGGAGCCGUCAGUGUAACAACCCUGCACCUAGCAACGGAGGCAUGGCCUGCAGAGGACUCCAGAUGGAAACUACUGAUUGUUUCUGAUAUUGUCCCGGACUCUUGAUUGAAAUAAAGAUAAUUCAUGUCACCCUUGGAAA